AUGGAUCAACCAACUGAGCCAAAAUAUGAUACAGUCACUAUUUUUGAUGAAUUUCAAGAUCCUGAACGCCGAAGCCUAGUCGAGACGAUGAUACGUCUCUACCCUUUCCUGCGCCGAAUGACUCGCCAUAUGUUCUUCAUGUUAUGGUUUAGCGAUAUCGAUAGACUCAGAUGGUUUGCGACAGAAAAUCCUGAUAAGGAUAUGAAGACAGCUAUAAAGACUCAAUUUUUGCCCCAUUACAUUGACGUGCCUGGGCAGUAUAAGUACAUCGAAGACGACUUCUACAAUACUAAACUGGCCAUUCGAUUAGUAAUAGGGGCGGGCAGGAAACAGCCUAAACCAGAGAAACCAGAGAAACCAGCAAAGGGGCAAAAGCGCGAGGCCGACGAUGUGCCCGUAGACGAAUCCUCGUCUCCUGGGAAGCGCCUAAAGGGCCCGCCUGCGAGUAUGUCUGGUGAGGAACCAAUGGGUUCGUCGGAACAAGCUACACGUGGAGUUUUGCCACGUGGUAAAGCAGUUAGGGAUGCCGCCUUGACUCGCGAUGGGAAUGCAUGUGUUCUUACCAGGUUUGGUAUACAUGGGCUGCAUGUAUCCCAUAUCCUCCCAUUCAAGCUGAACAAUAGCUCUCGAGAAAUAGAAUGGUCCAUCUUAGAAGGAUUCUGGGGCGUGGACAGAGUGAUGAAGUGGAAAGCGGAAAUAAUGACUAUCGAUGAUAAUGAUGGCAAAGUGGAUACUGAGCGAGUGCAGAACCUCAUCACCUUUAUGGCCCUAGUCCAUACCUACUGGGAUAAUACUCUUUAUGCUCUUCGUCCUAUCUCAAUUAACACGAAGAAGACAUCGAUGGAAGUUGCCUUCCACUGGCUCCCUGCUCCUGGGAAAAUCACGAAGAAAGCUUCUGACAGUAUCGAGACGAUGCGGCACCCGUUCCCCCAUGAUAUCAACAGCUUUACGGAAAGCCCAGGCGAAAAUAUUUGCCUUAUUCACGGUGAGAUGAGAUCUCUCAUACGGUCGGGGCAUAUUUUCACCUUGGAGACCGAUGAUCCUAAGAGUAAACCGCUACCGUCGAUGGAGUUGUUGGAGUUGCAGUGGAUUCUACAUCGGAUUGCAGCGAUGCGCGGAGCCGCCGAGGAUGACGAGAGUGAGAUUGACUCCGAUGAUGAUUCAGUUUGUGUCCCUUCGGGAUCGUGA